CGUAUUUUCAUCUCUUUAAAUUUCAUAUUAUAAAAUAAUUUAGUUUAUGUGAUUAAAGUGUGAUAUUUACUUGCUGAUUAUUUACUAUUUAAAAGUUGAAAGGUAAGUAAAAUGAAGUUAAAGUAAAGGGCAUGAAAUGAUUUUAUGUGAAAAAGGGAGAAAAUACACACAACCAUAUUUAAAUUAUUAGAAUUAAAAUCAUUUAGAUAAAAUUUGUUUUCAGCACCAGUCAUCCUCAAGUAAUUUGCUUGGAGGAAAGGCUGAAAUGUGCAUGAAGGAAAGAUCCAUAAAUUUAGAUGAAAAACCACUCCAUGGAAGGUUUAACCACCCAUUGGACAUGUACAUGUCUAACUACCAAUUUUUCUAUGACCAAAUUACCCCAAUGUUGACGAUUAACAUCCAACUUUUUCCACAUGCGAUUUAUUUUGUGUGCCUCAGUUAACCACGAUUAAGGACGGUAAGCGGGUAACUGCUUAACCGCGGUUAAGUUAUCCUAACGGCCUUCAUAUACCCCAAGUUGAAAUUCCCUCCCCUCUCGCGCCAUUCUCCAUCAUUUUUUUUCCGAUUCAAAUUUUCUGAACCAAACACUCUCUACUUAGCUUUUGCUCUCUCCCUUUCCAAAAUUAUCAUCUGUCUCUAGGAACUCCACAGCCAUGGUUGUAGCACAGAGGGUUAAAGAAACGGAGAUCACCGAGCAGGACUCUCUUCUUCUGACAAGGAACCUUCUCCGUAUUGCCAUAUUCAAUAUUAGUUACAUCAGAGGUCUCUUUCCAGAGAAGUAUUUCAAUGAUAAGUCUGUUCCCGCUUUAGAGAUGAAGAUCAAGAAGUUGAUGCCUAUGGAUGCAGAGUCUCGUAGACUGAUUGAUUGGAUGGAGAAAGGUGUUUAUGAUGCAUUACAGAAGAAGUACUUGAAGACGCUUUUGUUCUCCGUUUGUGAGGGAAUGGAAGGCCCAAUGAUUGAGGAAUAUGCGUUUUCCUUCGGUUAUUCUAAUUCUGACAGUCAAGAUGUUUCAAUGAAUAUCAAUCGCACUGGAAACAAGAAACAGGGAGGCACAUUCAAAUGUAACUCCACAACAGAGGUCACUCCCAAUCAGAUGAGGAGUUCAGCAUGUAAAAUGAUCCGUACACUGGUUCAGUUGAUGAGAACUCUGGAUAGGAUGCCUGAAGAGCGCACAAUACUGAUGAAACUACUCUACUAUGACGAUGUGACGCCAGCAGAUUAUGAACCUCCGUUCUUCAGGAGCUGCACAGAAGAGGAGGCCAAUAACCCUUGGACCAAAAGCCCUCUCAAAAUGGAGGUUGGGAACGUCAACAGCAAGCAUUUUGUACUUGCUCUCAAAGUAAGGAGCGUACUUGAUCCUUGCGAUGAUGAAAAUGAUGAUAUGGAAGAGGAUGAAGUGAGCUUAGGAGCUGAUUCUCUACAGAAGGACAAUUCUUCUGAAUCUGACAGUGAGGUUGACCAAUCACAAGAAAACCAAUAUGUAGUUGCACCAGUGGAAAAGGGACGACCAGAGGAAGACAAUGACACGGUUCAUGAAGACGACACUCAGGAUCCAGAUGAGGAUGAACAGCAAUUGGCUAGGGUGAAAGACUGGAUCGCUAGCCAUCACCUCGAUACUAUUGGGCUUAAUGACGUUCUCUCCAAUUUCCCAGAUAUCUCAGUAGUUUUGACUGAAGAAAUUAUGGACAAGCUUGUAAAAGAAGGCUUUUUAUCAAAAACUGGAACAGACACCUACGCCAAAGACAAGCAGAAGAAAUCCGACUUUGAGUUCAAUUUAGUGAAAGAGGAAAUGGAGGGCCCAGCAGUUUCAAUUGAUAACAAAGCUCCCCGGAUCGAUGACCACAUGUACAUGAGGGCUUUAUAUCAUUCUCUUCCUCUGAAAUAUGUGACAGUGGCAAAGCUUCAGACCCAGCUAGAUGGAGAGGCCAAUCAGACAACUGUCCGCAAAUUAAUUGAGAAAAUGACCCGAGACGGUUUCCUUGAGGCUAAAGGCAGCCGUAGGCUGGGCAAGCGCGUUAUUCAUUCAAGUCAAACUGAGAAAAAGCUUAUAGAAGUCAAGAAAGCUUUGGACAAUAAUGUUAUGGAUGUAGAUAACAAUCAACAAAGUAUCAAGUCCAGCCAUCUAGAAUUCCAGAAAAUAGGGAACAACCACAGGGAUAACUCAACCUGUGGUGUCCUCCAUUCAAUAGGAUCAGAUCUUACACGCAUGAGGGUUAGAUCCGACAUUAAUCAAAAUGAAUCAAGCAUGAGUGAGCAGACUAUCUCAAGGACAAAGGAAGUUGGCAACACUCCCACAAGCAGAGCAGAGAACGCACAGCCAGUUGCUUCAAGAGAGAGUUUCGCUCCAGGAAAUGAAAAUGGCAGAGCAAAUGGAACCACAAAUUACUGUGAUGAGGCAGACACAGUCAUCUGCAGCAGAUCUACUCAAGACAAAAGAACUAGGAAAACAAGCACGGUUAAGGAGCCAAUUAUUCAGUACGUGAAGCGCCAGAGAUCUCAAGCCGUUUGAGAGCUUCCGGAGCUCAAUUUCAUGGAGUUUCCUCUUAUUUUGAAUAGAAAGAAGUAGCUUUUUCUAGAGGUCUUACAGGAAGCAAGCAUAACAAUUUACAGUUUACACAUAUCUACAACUGCUAACAUGAUAUGGGAUAAUAUCACGAGCAGAGAAAAGUAAAUUUGAUAUCAUUUUACUUCCUAAAUACAUCGAUCGAUUCUACACACCACACUGGUACUUCCUGGUUUUUGCUUUGCAGUUUUUUUUAGUACUGUAAUAAUAUGGUAUAUCAGGAAUCACCUUUAAUAUCUCUAAUCUCAGAUUUUUCAAGUUUUCUUAUUAUUAAGUUUUGCGGUUGAGAUAACACUAGACAUCCUCAAGGAGAAAGAGAUGCAAUAAAGUUCAUCUGAAAAAAGGAUUAUUAUGAAAGGAGCUAUUCUGAAUGAACUUUUUGUUUAAGCUAUGAACAGUUUGAUUACAAGAUCUUCGAACCCAAGAGAAGUGGAUUUCUAUAAAGGAUUCUUUUUGCAUAUUAUAUAAAGGGUGUAAGUAUUUUCCAUAAGAAUAAACCGCAAAUGGUUCCAUAGAGUUGUCUUAGAUCAGUUCAAAACAAAAACUGUUAUUUUAGAGGUACUUUGGUUUGCAUUUUGCCAACUUAAAUCCACUUCCCCUAAAAUAAAUAGUAAGCUAGGAAACCCAAAUAGAAGGAAUCCAUUGUUUUGCCCUCUGGACCAAGGGAAAUGCAACUUACAAACCUAAGUGAAACUUUACUUUUAUUUUCUCCU